AGCCCUGGCGUGGCGUGGGGACAAUUAGGCGCCACGCCCUGUCGCUUUGCUGCGCGACGUUCGGGAGGCCGGGGACGGAGGCGUCACCCCGAGACUGGGCGGGGCGCGCACGCUCACACUCAGGUCUCUCCAAAGAUCCCCACCUCGGUUUUCUCAUCUGGAAAGCGGGGCCUCCCGAUCCUCCCACCCCGGUGCGGGCCGACAGGUGUCCGGGGCUUGGUGACCCCACGCUGGAGGCCUCUGCAGAAGGGGGCUGCCCAGUGACCCGGAGACGGGGCCCGCGGGGGGUCUGAACUGAGCGGCCGCGCAGGCUGGCGGGAGGCCGCUCCGCCCCAGGGGGCUCGAGGAGAGGGCAGCUCCUUCCCCCAGUCCCCGGCCCCUCCGACAGGCUCCGCCCGAGCGGCUCUCGGGCGUCUCCCCAGAAAGUGCGGGGCGCGCCGCCGCGGCCUUCUCGACACCGGCACGCACCGAGAGACACUCAUGAGUCGCUCGCUUGUUUCGCGCAAGCGGAGUCGCGUCCGCUUUGCCGAGGCCCCGCGCGCAGACCUCAGGGGGCUCUCACGCUCUCCCGGGCCCCGAGAACAAUGUCCGUCCUCUCCGCGCGCAGGAGGGAGUUGGCGGACCACGCGGGGUCGGCGCGGCGGAGCCGACCGAGCCCCGCGGCCGGGUCGGGGCCCUACUUCUCAGCUGCGAGCGCCUCUGUGACCCGGGCCGCGCACCUGUCAGGUCGGGGGACCUACGUGCGCCGCGACACGGCGGGAGGCGGGCCGCACCGCGCCCGUCCCCUCGGCCCUUCCGGAACCAGUCUCCGAGGCCGCGGCGCCCACCGGAGCGGAGAGGGCUGGUGCCCCGGAGCCGUCGAGUCGGAGGCUAGAGCGGCCAGGCCUCCGAGCCGGGUCGAGCCCGCGAAGGCGACGGCUGCGUCACGCGAGGGGGCGGGGCCGCCACGGGCGGAGGUCGGAGCCGGAAGCGGAAGAGGCGCUCGGAGCGGGGAGUGGGGCCUAGCAGCAGCUGGAGCCUGGGAGACGAUGCAUCACUGUAAGCGAUACCGCUCCCCUGAACCAGACCCGUACCUGAGCUACCGAUGGAAGAGGAGGAGGUCCUACAGUCGGGAACAUGAAGGGAGACUGCGAUACCCAUCCCGAAGGGAGCCUCCCCCACGGAGAUCUCGGUCUAGAAGCCACGACCGCCUGCCCUACCAGAGGAGGUACCGGGAGCGCCGUGACAGUGAUACAUACCGGUGUGAAGAGCGGAGCCCAUCCUUUGGAGAGGACUACUAUGGAUCUUCACGUUCUCGUCAUCGUCGGCGAUCGCGGGAGAGGGGGCCGUACCGGACCCGCAAGCACGCCCACCACUGCCACAAACGCCGCACCAGGUCUUGUAGCAGCGCCUCCUCGAGAAGCCAACAGAGCAGUAAGCGCAGCAGCCGGAGUGUGGAAGAUGACAAGGAGGGUCACCUGGUGUGCCGGAUCGGCGAUUGGCUCCAAGAGCGAUAUGAGAUUGUGGGGAACCUGGGUGAAGGCACCUUUGGCAAGGUGGUGGAGUGCUUGGACCAUGCCAGAGGGAAGUCUCAGGUUGCCCUGAAGAUCAUCCGCAACGUGGGCAAGUACCGGGAAGCUGCCCGGCUAGAAAUCAACGUGCUCAAAAAAAUCAAGGAGAAGGACAAAGAAAACAAGUUCCUGUGCGUCUUGAUGUCUGACUGGUUCAACUUCCAUGGUCACAUGUGCAUCGCCUUUGAGCUCCUGGGCAAGAACACCUUUGAGUUCCUGAAGGAGAAUAACUUCCAGCCUUACCCCCUACCACAUGUCCGGCACAUGGCCUACCAGCUCUGCCACGCCCUUAGAUUUCUGCAUGAGAAUCAGCUGACCCACACAGACUUGAAGCCAGAGAAUAUCCUGUUUGUAAAUUCUGAGUUUGAAACCCUCUACAAUGAGCACAAGAGCUGUGAGGAGAAGUCAGUGAAGAACACCAGCAUCCGAGUGGCUGACUUUGGCAGUGCCACCUUUGACCAUGAACAUCACACCACCAUUGUGGCCACCCGUCACUAUCGCCCGCCUGAGGUGAUCCUUGAGCUGGGCUGGGCACAGCCCUGUGACGUCUGGAGCAUCGGCUGCAUUCUCUUUGAGUACUACCGGGGCUUCACACUCUUUCAGACCCACGAAAACCGAGAGCAUCUGGUGAUGAUGGAGAAGAUCCUAGGGCCCAUCCCAUCACACAUGAUCCACCGUACCAGGAAGCAGAAAUAUUUCUACAAAGGGGGCCUAGUUUGGGAUGAGAACAGCUCCGACGGCCGGUAUGUGAAGGAGAACUGCAAACCUCUGAAGGUCAGUUUCUGGCUUCCCCAGCUCAACUCAUCCCAAGGAGAGACCCCAGGCACUGGGCAGACACACAUCAGACAGGCUGGGCCGCUAAAGGCCGCGUCCUCGAUGCAGCUCUGUGGGAGGCGACACCCAAGGCUGCUGGGUGCUGGCAGUGAGGCUUCUUGCAAACUGCUCCAGAGGGGCCCUUAGCCCUACCCCUUCCCCAUAGGGUGGCUAUGAAUUUAACGGGGGAACACGAGAAGAGCCAGAUGUCAGAAACCCUGCUGCUUCCUGUCCCUCUCACCCUCUCUCAGCAUUUUGGGAAGAACUAGGCAGGACGGAGGUGAGGGGGCGGGAAGACCUAGACAUGGCCAGGAAGCCUCUGUCAACUGCAUUUGGUGCUCGGACAAGUGAAUUUCGCAGAGGUGAUCUCUACCCACCUGUCAGGACUUUGCAUGUGGGGGCAGAGGCAUCAACCCAGCAAGACGCCUAGUAGCCUGGCAAGUUCCGAGCAAAACGUUAAACACGGGCGUGAAAGCAAAGGAGCUGCUCACUGUCCAGGAGGGCGGAAGUAGAGUCCUCCAAGGAGGCAUCACUGCCUCCUCGAUCCAGUCCAGCAAGGCAUCCCAGAGACAAGGGGACCUGCUGUGGCUUCCCACGACCCUGCCGUCACACUGAGGCACCUUGUGUCCCUGAGCAGAGUUACAUGCUCCAAGACUCCCUGGAGCACGUGCAGCUGUUUGACCUGAUGAGGAGGAUGUUAGAAUUUGACCCUGCCCAGCGCAUCACACUGGCCGAGGCCCUGCUGCACCCCUUCUUUGCUGGCCUGACCCCCGAGGAGCGGUCCUUCCACACCAGCCGCAACCCAAGCAGAUGACAGGUGCAGGCCACCGCAUGAGGAGAUGGAGGGCGGGACUGGGCCGCCCAGCCCCUUGACUCCAGCCUCGACCACCAGGCCCCAGGCCAGAGCCACCCAAUGAACAGUGCAAUGUGAAGGAAGGCAGGAGCCUGCAGAGGAGCAGACUUGGUGCCCAGCUGCCAGAAAGCACAGAUUUGACCCAAGCUAUUUAUAUGUUGUAAAGUUAUAAUAAAGUGUUUCUUACUGUUUGUAACCCCUGGUACCAGUGUGUCCAUCUCCAGGCUCCUUGCCUUCCCCUCCCCUGACCUGACUAAUAAAGUCUGUCUUAGCACUUCA